AUUUCCCAGAAAACUUUGCGUUUUCCCUUUCCAAUCGGCGCCUGAAAAUGGGUAUUUCCCGGAACAAUUGGCACAAGCGUCGCAAGACUGGAGGCAAAAGGAAGCCAUAUCACAAAAAAAGAAAGUAUGAACUUGGGCGUCCUCCUGCAAAUACCAAGAUUGGACCGCGCCGUAUUCACACAGUGAGAGUCCGUGGUGGAAAUAAGAAGUAUCGGGCGCUGAGGUUGGACACUGGAAACUUCUCCUGGGGUUCUGAAUGUUGCACGCGAAAAACCAGGAUCAUUGAUGUGGUGUACAAUGCCUCUAACAACGAAUUGGUUAGGACAAAGACAUUAGUAAAGAACUGUGUUGUUCUAAUCGACAGUACUCCCUUCCGCCAGUGGUAUGAGUCUCACUUUGCCCUUCCUCUUGGCCGGAAGAAGGGUGCCAAGCUGACUCCUGAAGAAGAAGAAAUUUUGAACAAGAAGAGGUCAAAGAAAAUUCAGAAGAAAUAUGAUGAUCGUAGAAAGAAUGCAAAAAUCAGUCCACUGCUAGAAGAACAAUUCCAGCAGGGAAAACUGCUUGGUUGCAUAGCUUCAAGACCUGGCCAGUGUGGCAGAGCUGAUGGCUACGUCCUUGAAGGAAAGGAGCUGGAAUUCUACCUGAGGAAGAUCAGAGCAAAGAAGGGCAAAUAAACAUAGUACUUUAUAAGGAAAAUGUGAUUAAUAAACCAUUUUUCACCAA